UCCUUCACCCUCUCCAUCUAUCCUGACCUCUGCUCCUCUCUGGUCAUCACCGCACCCCUUCAGCACCCCUUCGCUGAACAGCCAGUCACUCUUUGCCUUCAAAUAGCAGGCAUGUCCGCUCUGGAAUGCCUCUCCCCGACCCCCGCCCCAAGCGACUGAAAAAGGAAACAUGCGCACUUCAGAGCUAGGAGCUGUCCGAGUGCUGAAAUUUAUCGGCUGGGAAACUAGAUUCCUGCCAAAUUUUGAGUCUGGACAAUAAAUAGAUACUUUGCCCUAGCUUCUUUCUGGAAUCAUUUCGGGAAUAUUUUCCACAAGCAUCACAGAUACAGGAAUGAACCGGCAGCUAGUGAACAUUUUGACAACCUUGUUUGCAUUUUUCUUAGAGACAAACCACUUCAGGGCGGCUUUCUGCAAAGACCAUGACUCCAGGUCUGGAAAACAACCUUCACAGACCCUAUCUCCUUCAGAUUUCUUGGACAAAUUAAUGGGAAGGACAUCAGGAUAUGAUGCAAGAAUCAGACCAAAUUUUAAAGGUCCUCCAGUAAACGUUACUUGCAAUAUUUUUAUCAACAGUUUUGGAUCAGUCACAGAAACCACCAUGGACUACCGAGUGAAUAUUUUUCUGAGACAACAGUGGAACGAUUCACGGUUGGCAUAUAGCGAGUACCCUGAUGAUUCUCUGGACCUGGACCCAUCGAUGCUGGACUCCAUUUGGAAACCAGAUUUGUUCUUUGCCAAUGAGAAGGGGGCCAACUUCCAUGAUGUUACCACUGACAACAAAUUACUUCGCAUUUCAAAAAAUGGCAAAGUACUCUACAGUAUCAGGCUCACCUUGACCUUAUCCUGUCCCAUGGACUUGAAGAAUUUUCCAAUGGAUGUCCAGACUUGUACAAUGCAGCUGGAGAGUUUUGGAUACACAAUGAAUGACCUGAUAUUUGAGUGGUUAAGUGAUGGUCCAGUUCAAGUUGCUGAAGGAUUGACCCUGCCUCAGUUCAUUUUGAAAGAAGAGAAGGAACUCGGCUACUGCACAAAGCACUACAACACUGGAAAGUUUACCUGCAUUGAGGUUAAGUUUCACCUGGAACGCCAGAUGGGAUAUUAUUUGAUCCAGAUGUACAUCCCCAGUUUGUUGAUAGUCAUUCUGUCCUGGGUCUCUUUUUGGAUAAACAUGGAUGCGGCCCCUGCCAGAGUUGCACUGGGCAUAACGACAGUCUUAACAAUGACCACCCAGAGUUCAGGCUCCAGGGCAUCUCUGCCAAAGGUCUCCUACGUAAAAGCGAUUGACAUCUGGAUGGCGGUGUGCCUUCUGUUUGUGUUUGCAGCCUUACUGGAAUAUGCAGCAGUGAACUUUGUCUCCAGGCAGCACAAGGAGUUUCUGAGGCUCCGGAGAAGACAGAAGAGGCAAAAUAAGGAAGAAGAUGUUACUCGUGAAAGUCGCUUUAAUUUCAGUGGUUAUGGAAUGGGUCACUGCCUUCAAGUGAAAGAUGGAACAGCUGUCAAGGCCACACCUGCCAACCAGCUCCCACAGCCCCCCAAAGAUGCAGAUGCCAUCAAGAAGAAGUUUGUGGACCGGGCAAAAAGGAUUGACACGAUUUCUCGAGCUGCCUUCCCAUUGGCCUUCCUCAUUUUCAACAUCUUUUACUGGAUCACAUACAAGAUCAUUCGGCAUGAAGAUGUCCAUAAGAAAUAGAUGUGCUCUUCAGAUCCUGGGACCUUCUUGCCUAACUGCUGUGCUUGUAAAUACACAGUGAAAUUGUCUUUAUAUCACUUUGACAGAGGAG